CACCAACCUGCUCACCACACAGACCCUGACACUAGCUCCCCCUGCAAGACAGCAAUACAGAUCUGAUGUGUGGAUCACUGAUAGCCAGGCGGGAGUUGCAACUGUCAGCCAGCAGUCUGUCAUCUGAGGGCUCCAGCGAGGGAGGACCAGACAAGGGUACAACUGUUCGACUGCUCUGGCUAUCCAUGUUGAAGAUGCCGAAGCAGCUGUGGACACUGUGCGUGUGUCACCUCCUCACAUGGUUCUCCAUCAUAGCUGAAGCUGUGUUUUACACUGAUUUCAUGGGGCAAGUCAUCUACCACGGAGACCCCACGGCUCCAGCCAAUUCAACAGAGCUACAAAACUAUCACAUACUAUGUAUCUCCAGCGCUGCAACAGUGUGAAGAUGAACUGUGCAGUUCCCCUCAGCUCUACAGAGAAGUUGCUCAGCUCAAUGUUCUGGUUUUUGGUCAGCUCCCAACCUUUCUGGUUUCCGUCUCAUCAGCCUCAUUUCCAGCUGUAGCAGGCAGCUGUUUUCAGCAAAAAAGCACUAAUAAAUCCUUGUACACUACCACCAAACACAAACUGAUUACAAUGAAUCACCAGUCACAAUCAGCAGUGGAUGUCCUCACUGGUGAGCGCUACUGUUAGCUUAGCUGUGAUAGUAGCCUAUGUUAGUCUUUGAUAAAAGCUUAUAAAAUCUUGAUAAAGGGCUGCAAACUAAUAAUAUGACAACUGUUACAAAUAGAUGACAGAUUAGCCAUUUGUAUAGGCUAUUUUUCUAAAGUUACCUACCUACAAGGUGAAGGUGAAGGAGGAGUACUGUUAUGGGCUGCUAUCAGUAAGGAUGAGAUAGUUGGACCUUUUCGGGUUGAAGAUGGACUGAAACUCAACUCCCAAACCUACUGCCAUUCUCUGGAAGAUACUUUCUGCAAGCAGUGGCACAGGAAGAAGCCCUCAGUUUUCAAGAAGGCCAUAAACUUCAUGCAGGACAACGAUCCAUCGCAUGCAUCCAAGUGCAAGGGCCAAAAACUGGGUUCUUAUUUUCAUAUUUUACUUGUACUGAUGAGGACACACUUUUUAUUUGACAAGAAAAUAACUGGAUUAAAUUGUCAUAUUUUCAAUCCCACCACAAGCUUGAUUGCUUUCGUUUUGUGUUAUAAAUAGUGAAUAAAAAACUUCUUUCCUCAACAUACUGAUUCAACUUCAGGCGCAAUCAUGAGACGAUCAGAGAUCUGUCUUUGUUGUUUACAUGUGGAAUGAAUAAUAUUAAAAUUGAGAUACGA